AUGGGCGGGCUCCAGCUCCGGCGAGAGGUCCAGCGAGAUCUCCGGCAUAGGCAAGUGCAGGGGCCUCCGGCAGGGGUCACGCAGGCGCCGCCAUCUCUCCCGAUGGAGCCCCUCUGUCUCCGCAGUGGUGGUCGUCACCAUGUCGCCGCCGACGAGACCACCGCGCUCCGCACGCGUCUCGCCGCUGUCCAGGACACCCUCGGGCUCGCAGAAUCCAAGGCCACACCUGAGGACCGAAAGGACAUCCCUUCAUCGUUGCUAAAAAAAUCCCCUCUCUUCCCCAACAUCACGUGCGGCCUGCAGGUCGCCUCCUCCGUCCUCUGCCAGUCUGCCUCUUCGCCGCACUCGGUCGAGACCAGCAUGUCCAGGCCGUCUGGCACACUCUUCCUAGGGGCACAGCAGGAGAUCACUAGGGUCUACCGCCCAGCCGUCCUCACGUCCUGCCGCCCCUACCCACCCAGUUCCUUCUACUCAAAUCCCCACUCAGGUUCAAUUAUAGAAGCUACAAGCAAGAGUUGUCUGCUAUUCUCCCAUGGCUUGCCUUGCAACCACUCUAUGCCUUUCCAGAAGAGCAAUGGCGGCGGGAGGCAUCAGAUCAACGGGCAGACGAGCAUAGCCACGUCGCCCUUAGACCUCGCUGCCGCGGCCGCUCCGGAGCUGGACGACGACGGCCGCACCGCGCGCACGGGGAACCUAUGGACUUGCAUGGCGCACAUCAUCACGGGCGUGAUCGGGGCGGGCGUGCUGGCUCUCUCCUGGAGCGUCGCGCAGCUCGGAUGGGUCGCCGGCCCCGUCGCCGUCCUCUGCUUCGCCGGGGUCACCUACGUGUCCGCCGUCCUUCUCUCUCACUGCUACAGGUCCCCCGUCGCUGCCGGUGGAUCAGAAGAAUCGUCGUCGUCGUCGUCGGGCAAGACGCGGCGGAACUACACCUACAUGGACGCUGUCCGAGCGCUCCUCGGCAGGAAGCACACCUAUGUCUGCGGCAGCCUCCAGUACCUCUACCUGUACGGCAUCGGCGUCGCCUACACCAUCACCACCGCCACCUGCCUCGGCGCGAUCAAGAAGUCCAACUGCUACCACGGCCACGGGCGCGGCGCCUCCCGCUGCGGCUCGGGCGAUGACGAGCAGCACCUGUUCAUGCUGCUCUUCGGCGCGGCGCAGGUGGUGCUGUCCUUCAUCCCAAACUUCCACAGCAUGGCGUGGCUCUCCGCCGUGGCGGCGGCCAUGUCCUUCACCUACGCCACCAUCGGCCUGGGCCUGGGCCUCGCCAAGACCGUGGGCGACGGCGCGAUCAGGGGCGGCGUCGCCGGCGUCCCGAUGGCCACCAUGGCGCAGAAGGUCUGGCGGGUGGCGCAGGCGGUGGGCGACAUCGCGUUCGCGUACCCGUACACCAUCGUGCUCCUGGAGAUCCAGGACACGCUGCGGUCUUCGCCGCCCGAGGGCGAGACCAUGAGGAAGGGCAACGUGGUCGCCGUCCUGGCCACCGCCUUCUUCUACCUCUGCGUCGGAUGCUUCGGCUACGCCGCCUUCGGCAACGCGGCGCCGGGAAACCUCCUCACCGGCUUCGGCUUCUACGAGCCCUACUGGCUCGUCGACUUCGCCAACGCCUGCAUCGUGCUCCACAUCCUAGGCGGAUAUCAGUUUUUCAGCCAGCAGAUAUUCACGGUGGCGGACCGGUGGCUGGCGGCGAGGUUCCCGGAGAGCGCGUUCGUGAACAGGACAUACGCCGUCAGGAUCGUGCCGGGGCUGCCGAGGUACGGGCUGAACCUGCAGCGGCUGUGCUUCAGGACGGCGUACGUGGCGAGCACGACGGGUCUGGCCGUGGUGUUCCCCUACUUCAACGAGGUGCUGGGCCUGCUGGGCGCGCUCAUCUUCUGGCCGCUCGUCAUCUACCUCCCCGUGGAGAUGUACUGCGUGCAGCGGCGGGUCAGGCCGUGGUCGCCGACGUGGGUUGUGCUCAAGGCGUUCAGCGUCGUGUGCUUCGCGGUCGGCACCUUCGCCUUCAUCGGGUGCGUCGUGGGCGUCGUCAGGAAGAGGCUAGGAUAG